AUGGAAUCAAAGAAUGCCUCAAAAGACUUAAAGGGAACUCCUAAUGUCUUUGGCCCUAAAGACUCAAAAAAACCUUCAAAGAGUGGUUCCAUAGGCUUUGACAAGACUUCAAAAGAUUCUUCUGAAAAGUCCAAAACUGAAUCCAAACCCAAGACCGACAGUAAACCAAAAGCUGAUGAUAAGAGUGACUCAAAAUCUGGGGCCAAAACACAUGAUUCGAAAUCUGAUGUUAAAAAAAGUGAGAAGAGUUUGGACCCAAAGGUCGGAACACAGAGUGACUCGAAGUCUUCCGAGAAGAAGGCGAGUACUUCUAAGGGCCACGACUUAAAAGCGGUGCCAAUCGGAAAAGAUCUGAAGUCCACUCCAAAUGUCUGGAAGUCUGACACCAAAGAUACAAAACCGGACUCUAAGAUCAGUUCGGACUUCAAAAUUAGUUCAAAAGAGUCGAAAGACUUUGAAUAUGAAGACAUGUCUUCUCCCAAAUCUGACAUCAAAUCGGUAGACAAAUCAAAAUCUUAUCAUUCAUUGGGGAAGUCAUUAGCUCUUGGAUCAGAAGGGUCGUCCUCUGGGGUCAAGCCAUUCGGUGCCAGUAUUGGUAAGUCAGACGAGAGUCCGAUGACGCCAUCUGAAGGGCCAUCCUCUGGGGUCAAGCCAUUUGGUGGCAGUAUUGGUAAGUCAGCCGAGAGUGAAGUGACGCAAUCAGAAGAGGCCGCUGUUGAGGCACUCGAACCACAACCUGACGAUGAAGUUGGAGGACAGGGAAGGAACAGAAGGUACAAAUUGAUUGGUAGUCUGGUAGGGAUGGCCAUUGUCUUCGCCAUCACGAUUGAAAUGACAGAUUCUGAAGACGAUAAGCAGCUGAUCGGCAAAUGCAUAGCUAAUAACAAGUAUAUGUUGACCGCAUAUGUAGGAUCUGGCUCAUUUUCAGCCAUUUAUAAAGUGAUUGAAGUGAACACUAAUAAAGAACUGGUCGUUAAACUGGAGUCAAUGGACACUAAAACUCCACAAUUAAGUCACGAGUUCUGUAUGUAUCAGCUCUUGAGGUAUGAAUGCAAUCACUGGUCGAUACCAAAGACAUACUUUUUCGGUGAAUUUCUCACAUAUCGAGCGCUCGUUUUGGAACAAUUGGGACACAAUCUGUGCCUUAAGUUCGAGGAAUGCGGUCAAGUGUUUAGCGUAAAGACUGUCACCCUUUUGGCCAUUCAGUUGAUGGAUAUCUUUGAGUACAUUCACAGCCGACGCAUAGUCUAUAGGGAUGUCAAACCAGAUAACCUGUUGUUAGGAAUGGCCGGAACCGCCGGCGCCAACCGAUUACAUGUCGUCGACUUUGGUUUAGCCAAAGAAUAUAAGGACAGAAACGGCGCUCACAUCCCAUACAAAGAAGAGGUGUCUUUAACGGGAACCGCGAGAUAUAUCAGUAUUAAUACACAUCUGUAUAGAGAGCAGAGCCGUAGAGACGAUAUGGAAGCUGUCGGACAUCUGUUGAUAUAUUUCUUGAGGGGAACCCUUCCGUGGAGUGGACUCGACAUCAAAGACACUGUCAAACGGUUUGAGACGAUCGGUGCCAUCAAACAGAAGACCACACCAGAGGUCUUGUGCGCUAACUUUCCUCAAGAGUUUGCGAUGUAUUUAACAGCCGUUCGGUCCCUCGGUUUCGACGAAGAGCCCAAAUAUGAGACAUUUCGACAUAUGUUUGAACAGAUUGUGACCAAAUCUGGUGAUAAAGUGGAUAAUUGUUACGAUUGGAUGGACACCAAACGCACGACAAGACCCGCAAGUAGUGUCAAAACCGAGUCAAACACUACUCUCAACGAAGACAUCAAUAAAUUGUGA